AUGUGUGUCCUAUUGAUUUUCGAGAGCAUUGAAGAAAUCGGCAAACCGGAAGGCGGUGCAAGUGGAUUCCAUGGAUACCGGCUGCCUGGAACGGUAACGUCGAAUAUCGGAAAGCUUCCAUCCGAUGGCUAUACUUUGGUUGGGAAAUUUUAUGUAGCUUACAAAGAAUCUUUAAAUAAAUUCACAAAUGACUCUGUGUAUCGAGUGCUUCUUCAGUAUGUGCUUUUCUUAUUUGUAUGCCUUGCCAUAUUUUUUACUGUUAUCUACAGCUUAAAAGUCCAUUAUAGAGCAAAAUUACUGGAUGAGUUAGAAAAGAUACGAACUGAAAAGGAACCAGCCAGAGUGUAUUAUGUAGAAGCUGACUCAGGAGCUCAACGGGUCGUGCCAUCGCCGUUAUCGAAUCCGAUAACCGAUCAAGAACUGUACAAUCCUCUUGGACCGCCUCAUAUCGAUGAGGCCCGACGAGCUGCCAUAUAA